AGGACACAACAGGUUGACUUGGAAAGCAAGAUCUAGAGAUGCAAAGAGUACAGCUUGAACAAGACAGACUAAAUCUGGAUCAAAUGGCUGACAGGAUGAAGAAAGACAAACAGGACAUGGAGGUACUGAUGGAUGACAUCCACAAGCAAACUGUCUUGAUGGAACAAGAGAAAGAAGAGAUCAAAGAUCAAAAGGACCAGAUGGAAAAGACAAGAAGUGAGCUCCAAACAAAGACAGAACAUGUCAACAGUUUGUUGGAUGAGAUCAACAGGGAGAAAGCUACCCUCAAGGAGCUGUCCCUCCAGGUUCAAUCAGAACGACAAAGACUUGAUGCUGUGGUGAAGGAGAUUUUCUUGAAAGAAAAAGCGCUGGAUGAUCAGCUCAGGGAGGCCAGCAGACAGACCCAAGAGCUGCAAACCAUGAAGAACAAGAUGCUUGCAGAAAGAGAUGAACUCCAAACUCUGAGGAACAAUGUUGCCUGGAAGAACCAAGAGGCGGAAGCUGCCCAGAAAGCCAUCAAUGAAGAGAAAGAAGAGCUGAGCCAGAAGAAAUCUGACAUUGAUCAAGAAAUACAAAAGCUUCGGAAUGACAGAGACCAACUGGAAGAACAAGGAGCUGAGCUCCAGAGGAGAGAGAAUCAAGUCAGGAAUGAAAUGCAGUCAGUCCAGACGAUGAUAUUGACACUUCAGCGUCUGGGCAAGAAGACAUUGGAGGAUGUGAAGAAGAAAAUGGACAAUUUGAACCAGGACAUGGACAAAACUUUACGUUUGCAGAAUGAAUUGGAACAACAGAUCGCAGAUGCUGAUGGCAAGAAAAUACUUGUGGAGAACUACAAUGAAAUCAUAAAGAGCCUCUGGGAAGAUUUGGCAAAUGUCUCCUCAAGGAUUUUGACCGAAGGAGACGAUGCAACCAGUCAAAGGACACAACAGGUUGACUUGGAAAAGCAAGAUCUAGAGAUGCAAAGAGUACAGCUUGAACAAGACAGACUAAAUCUGGAUCAAAUGGCUGACAGGAUGAAGAAAGACAAACAGGACAUGGAGGUACUGAUGGAUGACAUCCACAAGCAAACUGUCUUGAUGGAACAAGAGAAAGAAGAGAUCAAAGAUCAAAAGGACCAGAUGGAAAAGACAAGAAGUGAGCUCCAAACAAAGACAGAACAUGUCAACAGUUUGUUGGAUGAGAUCAACAGGGAGAAAGCUACCCUCAAGGAGCUGUCCCUCCAGGUUCAAUCAGAACGACAAAGACUUGAUGCUGUGGUGAAGGAGAUUUUCUUGAAAGAAAAAGCGCUGGAUGAUCAGCUCAGGGAGGCCAGCAGACAGACCCAAGAGCUGCAAACCAUGAAGAACAAGAUGCUUGCAGAAAGAGAUGAACUCCAAACUCUGAGGAACAAUGUUGCCUGGAAGAACCAAGAGGCGGAAGCUGCCCAGAAAGCCAUCAAUGAAGAGAAAGAAGAGCUGAGCCAGAAGAAAUCUGACAUUGAUCAAGAAAUACAAAAGCUUCUGAAUGACAGAGACCAACUGGAAGAACAAGGAGCUGAGCUCCAGAGGAGAGAGAAUCAAGUCAGGAAUGAAAUGCAGUCAGUCCAGACGAUGAUAUUGACACUUCAGCGUCUGGGCAAGAAGACAUUGGAGGAUGUGAAGAAGAAAAUGGACAAUUUGAACCAGGACAUGGACAAAACUUUACGUUUGCAGAAUGAAUUGGAACAACAGAUCGCAGAUGCUGAUGGCAAGAAAAUACUUGUGGAGAACUACAAUGAAAUCAUAAAGAGCCUCUGGGAAGAUUUGGCAAAUGUCUCCUCAAGGAUUUUGACCGAAGGAGACGAUGCAACCAGUCAAAGGACACAACAGGUUGACUUGGAAAAGCAAGAUCUAGAGAUGCAAAGAGUACAGCUUGAACAAGACAGACUAAAUCUGGAUCAAAUGGCUGACAGGAUGAAGAAAGACAAACAGGACAUGGAGGUACUGAUGGAUGACAUCCACAAGCAAACUGUCUUGAUGGAACAAGAGAAAGAAGAGAUCAAAGAGGAAAAGGACCAGAUGGAAAAGACAAGAAGUGAGCUCCAAACAAAGACAGAACAUGUCAACAGUUUGUUGGAUGAGAUCAACAGGGAGAAAGCUACCCUCAAGGAGCUGUCCCUCCAGGUUCAAUCAGAACGACAAAGACUUGAUGCUGUGGUGAAGGAGAUUUUCUUGAAAGAAAAAGCGCUGGAUGAUCAGCUCAGGGAGGCCAGCAGACAGACCCAAGAGCUGCAAACCAUGAAGAACAAGAUGCUUGCAGAAAGAGAUGAACUCCAAACUCUGAGGAACAAUGUUGCCUGGAAGAACCAAGAGGCGGAAGCUGCCCAGAAAGCCAUCAAUGAAGAGAAAGAAGAGCUGAGCCAGAAGAAAUCUGACAUUGAUCAAGAAAUACAAAAGCUUCUGAAUGACAGAGACCAACUGGAAGAACAAGGAGCUGAGCUCCAGAGGAGAGAGAAUCAAGUCAGGAAUGAAAUGCAGUCAGUCCAGACGAUGAUAUUGACACUUCAGCGUCUGGGCAAGAAGACAUUGGAGGAUGUGAAGAAGAAAAUGGACAAUUUGAACCAGGACAUGGACAAAACUUUACGUUUGCAGAAUGAAUUGGAACAACAGAUCGCAGAUGCUGAUGGCAAGAAAAUACUUGUGGAGAACUACAAUGAAAUCAUAAAGAGCCUCUGGGAAGAUUUGGCAAAUGUCUCCUCAAGGAUUUUGACCGAAGGAGACGAUGCAACCAGUCAAAGGACACAACAGGUUGACUUGGAAAAGCAAGAUCUAGAGAUGCAAAGAGUACAGCUUGAACAAGACAGACUAAAUCUGGAUCAAAUGGCUGACAGGAUGAAGAAAGACAAACAGGACAUGGAGGUACUGAUGGAUGACAUCCACAAGCAAACUGUCUUGAUGGAACAAGAGAAAGAAGAGAUCAAAGAUCAAAAGGACCAGAUGGAAAAGACAAGAAGUGAGCUCCAACAAAGACAGAACAUGUCAACAGUUUGUUGGAUGAGAUCAACAGGGAGAAAGCUACCCUCAAGGAGCUGUCCCUCCAGGUUCAAUCAGAACGACAAAGACUUGAUGCUGUGGUGAAG